UCAAUUGCAUGUUAUAAUAUUUCACUCAUCGGUUAAAACAUGGUUUCUCAAAAUACCAAACACCACACUUAAGCUCGACCACGCCCCCGGGGGGCAGUUGAUUAUGCAGUUCGCUGAUUUCGCUGUUCAUGUCUUGGUAUCAUGCUGCAACGCACCGCAUGGCCUCUACUUGUCCGUCUAGAAACGGGUCACAUUCUGGUUGCCAUUCUCCCUAUCCCAACACAAGCCAAACCGCCCAACCCAACCCCAGCGCCGAUAUCAACCUGGUGGCAAGACUCGUCCAAAAAAGUGAGCCUGGCAUUGCACUGCCCACCAGAUACUCCCCAUCCGCCCGCUCUUCUCUUCGCCUUCAUCUUGUUGUCUCUGCCCGCUUCGCCCUCCUCCCUUCGACCUCAUCCUUUCGACGUCCUCCCUUCGACGUCCUCCCUUCAACGUCCUCCCUUCGACGUCCUCCCUUCGACGUCCUCCCUUCGACCUCCUCGCCCCCUCGACCUCCUACCCUCGCCCUCCUACCCUCGCCCUACUCUUUCCGCUCCACUCUUCCCCUCCUCCCUUCUUCUUUCUACACCUCUCUCCUUCGCAUACUUCAUCCCACACACCCAUCCUCAUGCUCAUAUGCUCGCCGUCUAUGGCCACUUCUCUACUCGUAUUCACACGCUCCCGCGCCCAGCCUCGUCCGUGCCUUUGUACAGUCCUUUCCGAGGCCUUGAUGCAUUGUCAUAUAUACAACAAUAUUUCACAUCGUGUCGUGAACUGCUGCGCCCGGCGACCAAUGGCUAGGUGUUUAGGUUUUGUAGUGCUGGCGCCACCUUCGUGGUGGGGGUCCCGGGGCCGGGUUGUGGUGUUUGAGUACCGGCUGGCAGCUCCGC